GCGCUGUUGCCAAUUAGAGUUCGGGAAGAAAAAAUGGCAGAUCUUUGACUGCCUGGCGAUUAAAUCUUCCAACUCUUUCAAAAUAACUGUUUCUGUGCUUUUAUGGCAAGCCAUCUGAUUUCUACGGUGUUUAUCAUGAGUUGACAUCCGUUUUGGCAUACUUUGUUCAGCACACAACAACAGUAAGUGGAGAAGAACCCUUCGUCUUGUGUGACUUGGUGGUGGUCCGAUUUGUUGUUUGGGAAUUGGGCGGCGGCUGAACGUGAACUGUCUGUUUUUGGAAAUUCAAAGUGCAGUUGAAUUGCUUGCACUGUUGUUGGUUGCAGCAGUUGACUAGAGUAUCACUAGCACUAGUGCAGUGUGGGUGAGACAGCUUGCUUUCAAAUCGUUCAGUGGUCAACUCGUAAUGCCUGGCUCGCUUACCGGCAUGACCCAUUACGUUUAUGCAGGUUGCUGUAACUGUCUUUCUGCGUUUAGGCCACGCUACAAGCGCCUUGUUGAAAGCAUCUACCCAGCAGACCCUGAGGAUGGCUUGGUGCGGAGUAACAUGGAGAAAUUGACUUUCUAUGCGGUUUCUCAUAAUGAGAAACUUGAUCGGAUUGGAAGUUACUUGGCUCAUAGGCUGGAUAGAGAUGUCUACAGGCAGAGGAUUGGGUAUGUGUUUAUCUCCAUGAAAGCUCUGGAUCAGUUGCUUCUAGCCUGCCAUGCACAGAGCUUGAAUCUAUUUGUAGAGAGCUUCUUGAAGAUGGUACACAAGCUGCUGGAAUCCAAUAUGCCGGAACUACAAGUUCUUGGAACCAACUCAUUUGUGAAGUUCUCCCAGAUUGAGGAAGACACACCCUCCUACCAUAGGACCUAUGACUUCUUCAUCGCUAAGUUCAGCUCCAUGUGCCAUAACAAUAGCGACGAUGCUGAGACAAGACGGAAGAUUCGUCUGGCCGGUCUGAAAGGACUCCAGGGUGUGGUUAGGAAGACGGUUAGUGAUGAACUUCAAGUCAACAUCUGGGACACGACCUACAUGGACAAAAUCGUUCCCUCUUUUUUGUUCAACAUGAACGAGGGCUUUGACAGCAAUCUUGAAUCGCCAGUCCAUGAGCAUCCAGAAGAGAGGCCAGAAGUGUUGGCCGACAGCUGUCUAAGAGACGUCAUGAGACGAGCAGCAUACGCAAACAUCCACGCUGUUAUUAAACCGGUGCUAAAACAUCUAGACCUGCAUGAGCUGUGGGUUCCAAACAACUUUGCCAUCAAGGUCUUCAAAGGAAUCAUGUACUCUAUACAGUCCCAGUACGGCUAUGUCACGCCACACUUUCUCCUGCUCCACUUGGAUGAACACAUGAAGAACACACCCAAAAUUAAACGCAGCAUCGUUGAGGUUCUGAAACAGAUCGUAGCCAUCGCUGCGGACGGCGCUGUCGGACCCUCCGUCCUAGAGAUCUUCAAUACUCUGUUGCGCCACUUGAGGUCGUCUGUUGAUGAGCGCCUGUCAGGUGGACAGGCCAUGUCUGGGAGCCAGUCUGCGUCCGACUUACAACAGCUCAAGUUUGACGAGAACGAGGAGAUACUGUUUGAAGAGGCAAUCAUUGAUACUAUAGGUGCUUUUGCAAGUAUUCUACCGGAUUAUCAGAAGAUUGAGAUAAUGAUGUUCAUUAUGGGUAAGGUCCCGAUGCCUAAGGAUCGUACGAGCACCCAGCUGCAGGAAGAUGAUCAUCCACUGGCUUCAGGAGCUAAAGGAGAGGGAGACAUCCUUGUGCAAGAUAUGCUUCUUAAAAGUUUACUGGAGGUCGGAACGAAAUACACAACGAAUUCCAUGGCAACCACUUUUCCAGCAUCGUUCUUCCAGCCUCUACUCAAUAUGUCUGUCGUGCCAAACCCAGGGAUUCGAGUUGUCGUUCAGGAGAUUCUGCACACGCUUAUUGACCGUCAUGAGAAUGUCAUCAAGCUCUAUGCAAACCGAGGUAUCGUCAAGAAUAUUGGGGAUCUUGAACUGAAGGUGGAGAAGGCGUCUCGCCAAGACAUCAUGUUCAUGAGAAAGCAUGGAGCUGAGUUCCAGUGGCACAUCUUUGAGAACCUGAUCCGAUCCCAGAACACUACUAAGAACUUUGUAGCCAUCUACUGCACGAUGUCGCUGCUGUGCGUGGAGCUAGGCACUGAUGACAUCCUGGUGGGAUUGGUCAAGCUAGCCCUGGCACUGCAGGAUCAUGCCUGUGACCCUACCUCCAAGAUACCAACUUCCCAUCAAUACGCAAUCCACGCCAUCGUAGCACAGUACUUGAAUUUGAUUGGUCAGUUGACUGCUAUACCAUCAUUGUGUCAACAUGUCUGGCAGGUGAUCGAAUCGAGGCGGAAGUCCACUCCUCAUCUUUUGCCGCCAAUUAGUGUGGAAGACAAAGUCCCAAGUACAGGUCAAGGAAGUCUGGCACCUGAACUGCUUUUCCAAGUUGACAGUAUAAGUGAAGCAUUGGGAAGCAGUGGUCAUGAUGUAUCCCGACUCUCUGUACCCUACAUUCAUGUACAAGAACCAAGGAAUGUUGACACACGUCCAAGGAGUGUAACAGACGCUGGCUCCAUUCAUGUUGACUUUGAGCUACUCCAAGCUUCAACAGCGGGGGUAAAGCAGAAGCACCUGACUGAGCAUGUGACCUUUGAGAGUUUGAAGCAAGUGUUACUGAGUGGCAUCAACGAUAGCUCAGUCGAAGAAGAACGACAGAAGAGGUUGGACGUUCUCCAUAGCUUCAAGAACUCCACACUGGAUGAACUGGCUGCUGCAGCAGAGGUUAAAAACGAAAAGUGGCAGCAGAAACUGAAUGAAAUUCUGGACACUGUAACAAAGAGUCCACAGACACCAGCAGGGAGCCCGACUAGGCCAGAUCCUUCAACACCCUUACAGUUUCAAUCAGUCCCAACGUACGAGAUGAAAUUUCCAGAACUUUGUGUCUAUUAGUAGAGUCAUUUAUUUUUAAAAAUAUUUUAAGUUUUACCGUCUGAUCAACAAAAGCGCUGGUUACAUUUUAGACAUACUUAAUUGUAUGUAGAUGUGUUUAUAUCACUCAUUUGUUUUUUAUUAUUUCAUUUUUGAAUAAGAGGGAUUUAUUAGUGGAAGUGGAAGUGUUUCAUGUAUAUUUUUAAUUCCAUUUGGGUCAGUGUAUAAACCUAUCACUAAAAAUAGUGGUAUCACGUUUUCAUUUAAAACAUUGUCAAAGGAUUUGCACUGCCUUCAGCCACUCAGCACUCUCGUUGACCUAGUGGUAAGACAUCUGUUCUAGAAUGGCAAAGGUUGUGGGUGUGAGUCCCACCUGAGUAUUAUAGUGCCUGUUGAUUUUCACACAGGACUUGGAAAAUGUUGAGUAUAGUGCUUUAAAGUCAUUGGGGAAUGGGUAAAACAAAAUAAUAACGGUUUUUCACUAGUUUCUCCAGACUUAUGACAAUAGAUUGAACUCAAAAUUGUACAGGUUUGUUAUUUCAUGUACCAGUACUUUGUUGAUCACAUAAAACAUGAACACUGUCUGCCAGUAUUUUGUAAGCUCUACCAAUCCUGUGUAACACCCUUAAUGAUACAGAAACAUUGAAACUCUAGGAGUGCAAUAACAGGCUCAAGUAGAAUUUUUUGUUUAAAGAAAAAGAAUUUUAUCUAGCAAUGUGUAAUAUGUAAAGGUAUUUAAUAGUAAUUAUUUUAUAUCAAAUGUCAUUAUGAUGAUUGUGUACAGAUAAUCCAUAGAAGUUAAACUCUUCCUUAUUUGUAUUUGUUUAUAAAUCAGUUCUUGGUAUUAGGUGCAAGUUGGUUUAACGGAUCAUUGAAGACAGAAAUGAUUUUUUUUUCUUCCAGUGUUUUUUACAAACUGCUUGCUGGAAGGUUCUGUGGCUGAUUUGUAAACAUGUCUCGGAUAACAUGGUCUGAAGAACUGAUAACUGAAAUGGAUUAAAAACACAAGAUACAAGUCUUUGAUUUGAAAGGGGAUGUAUUUGUUUUUAUUGUCCAAACUAACAGUGAACGAGCCGCCAGUUACAGGAAAGGGAAAACUCAAAAGAAUAAACAAAAUAAAUAAAAUGGUAAGAAUUGAAAUUAGAAAAUAUAAAAUUAGGUUGUUUCAAACAGGAGACAAAGUUAGAGUUUACUUUAUUCAAGACUAUAUCAUAUAAAUUGAAGUAGUGUCAAUUUAAUUUUGAAACGUAGGUCAAAUUGGCUGAAGGACCAUUUGUUGAUUAGUGGCUGAUUAACUGGUACUACAUGCUAAAAUAUAUGGCUACUAGUAAUUACUGACCUCUCAAAUGGUCAUAUAUUGUGUAUCCCAUGGAUUUAGUUGCAUAACUAGAGUGGGUAGCCCCUCCCCCUUCUUUGCCCCCCCCCCCCUCGAUCCACCCAAAUGAGAUAAUAUAAAAUGAAAAAAUAAAUGGUUUGAUACGAUAAAUGUAUUUGCCCCUGUUUUAAUUACCCCCCAAAUGAAACUGUCCGGUUAUCCCUCUAUAUGCAAAGCAUUUUUUUUAGAGACUUGGAUGGUAGGGAGAACUAUUAUAAACUUGCUGGAAUAUUGAACUUAAUAAAGAUUUAUAACAAAACGAAA